GACUUGCAAGUAGUGGUUGUAAGGAUUGAUCUUCCAUUACAACUUCAGGUUAAUCAUGCACUGGUUGAAGAGAUAUGGAAUAUCAAUCGGCAGCUUAUCGACACUGUUGUAGAAAUUAGUGAUGAAGGUUUUGAUCCAAGUGCUGUUGCUUCCGCAACAGAGGGUGGUGAAGGUACUACUGUUAAGUGUUCCUUCACUUCCGUUGCAUUGAGUCCAAGCUUAAAAUCACAGUAUGCUUCAGCACAGAUGUCUCAAAUUCAGCCUUUGAGAUUGCUCGUUCCAGCUAAUUAUCCAGACUGCUCUCUGGUUUUGUUGGACGAGUUUCCAGUUGAAGUCAGUAAAAAGUAUGAAGAUCACUCCAUGAAGGCCAAAUCAAGGUUUGGUGUCUUUCUGCGAAAUUUUUCACAACCAAUGUCUUUAAAAGACAUAGCAAAGACUUGGGAUGUUUGCGCUCGCUCUGUGAUUUCUGAAUGUGCACAGCAAAAUGGUGGAGGAACCCUCAGCUCAAAGUAUGGGUCUUGGGAGAAUUGUUUGAGUACAGCAUGAUCAAAACCUAAUUUAUGAGCAAAGUUAUGAGUUUGGCUUGAUCCAUCCCUUGACUCCGUUCUAAUCCUGUCUUGAUCCACCCUUUGACUUUGCUCUCCUUCUGCCUCCUAUUUACUGGUGGUGACAGCAUAUUUCUCGGCUUCUUGAAUGAGAUUUUUACCUAUAUGUACUACAUUAGAAACUUAUUUACCCUCACUGUUUAGCUUUUAACUUAAUUACAAAUUGAUAUACAAUUUACCAAUUAUAUACAAAUUAGUAU